GGCGUAGAAGCAUAGAUUAUGCACUUUCCGUUCGCGCUGUUCCACAUGUAGUACCCUGUACUCAGAUGGAUGGAAUUCGAACUCAUUUUGGUACAGAUUAAUAAAAGAUGGCGGUCACUGUAUGCAGUACUGCACUGUGCACUGUACCUGUCACCUGCGGUACUGAUUCGAAUUCUCUAUGAUGACUUGACAAUUUUCUAUAAAAAUUAUAAAAAAUUAAUUGAUGUGAUGUAAAUUACGCAAAGCGUUAAUAAACUAUACAAUUAUCCAUGUUUCGCAUCAUUUAAUUUUUAACCUGCUUCUUCGUUAACACUUGACGGUUUUCCAUCUUAAUUUUGGAGCUGAAGUUGGGCGCUUUAAGCCUGGUCGUGAUUUUGCUGAUAUUGUUAUUUUAGAAGUGUAGAAAAAAUACUAUUUUGAAGGAGCAGUAUUUUGUUUUUGCAAUCUGAAAACGAAAUGGAAUCCAGUUCGCAGUCAGAUGUUCCGAUGGAGACGAAAUUGGAAAGCAUUUCGCAGACAGAUCACACGAAAGCCUCCAUGAAUCCGUUGGCUUCCCUCGAGGUUAAUUAUUUCGAUCCAAGCGUCACCGACGAAAUGCUGCUUGAAAAAUUUUCUACUUUUGGCCCUGUGAUUUCCGCACGAAUCUGCAACGAUUUUCAAGUGGAAGGUCGUUCGCUGCGUUAUGCGUUAGUAGACUUCGAAAAUUUCGCCGAUGCCAAGCGUGCAAAGGAUAACCUGGCGACGGAUCGAAACAUGUCGAUCCGUUGGGUUCACUGUCAUACCUGGAUCAGCCGGAAACCACAGUAUGGAAUCAUUGUCAUUAAAAAUCUCCAAGACACGGUUGACGAAAAGUAUCUGCGCGGCAUCUUUUCCGGUCUUGAUGCUUUCGUAUGCUGCAAGGUUUUGCGGGAUGAACGUGCGAAAAGCACUGGCUUCGCUUUCGUACUCUUCCAAACGGAAGCUGCCGCUCAAAGUGCCCUCGAGAAAGCUAGUGGCGAGCUCCUCAAUGACAAAGAAAUCAACAUGGAAUUGUUUAAAAUUCCAACUGAUACUUCUGAUCAGCGAUUAAUUGAGCUGCCUCCGAAGCAUGCACGGGCGACAUUCACCAAUGUAUUUAUUAAAGAUUUCGGCGAAGAUGUGGACAACGGAAGGUUAUGGAAUUUAUUUAAGCAGUUCGGCAAUGUGAGUAGCCAUACUGUCAUAAAGGAUGAAAACGGGCACUCCCGUGGCUAUGGAUUCGUCGAAUUUCAAAUGCCAGAAAGUGCCGAACAGGCUGUAAAUGAGAUGAACGGAACGGAAGUGAGUGGAAAAGUUAUAACUGUCGCCAGAGCGCAGUCACGUUCGGAGCGCCAGCACAUUCGAAUGAUGAAGAAACUUGACGAAUCCCGCCAUACGUUGUAUGUAAAAAAUCUGGAAGAUAGUGUCGAUGAUGAGGGUUUGCGGAAAAUGUUCGAGGAAUUUGGCACUGUCACAAGCGCUCAGGUUGCCAAAGACACCGGUCGUUCCAGGGGAUUUGGUUUUGUAAGUUUUGCCAGCGUCGAUGCAGCGAGAAAAGCCGAACAGGAAAUGCAGGGGAAAGUAUUCGGCAAUAAAGCUUUGUCGAUUGCACCGGCAUUGGACAAGGAGCUCCGCCAACCUAGCCAUUCUAAAAAUAUGUUCAUCCAUACGAACCCGCGUUACUGGAAAGAACGCCGACAACAACAUUCUCACAGUACACCGCCAUUACGUGGUUUCUUGCCGUGGAUGUAUGGUGGAAUGUCAAGAUCAGCUGAUUACGACAAGUCUACAAAGGACGCUUAAGGGCCGUGCCAUUCAAAAUUAGCGCUAGAGCCGUACAUAUCUGUACAGGAAGACGAAACCUUUAUCUAUGAAGCUACCCCUUUGUCGGUUUCUACUAUGUUGACUCGUGUUGGCUACUUGCGUAUCGAAGCUAAAAUGUUACGUUUUGUAUUACUAUUACAAUUGCUGUUUACUCAUUAUUUACUCUGUAUGUCUAUAUUCGCACACGAUGAUGCUUUAAUGUCAAGCACGGAUUGCAUUGACGUCCAUGUUUUAACAAGUGGAAUUUGUACCUUUACAACGUAUUAAUGUACCACGGACUUGAAUAAUAUUUUGAAAAUUUCAAAUAUAUUUUG